UGGGCUCGCCUGUGGAUCAUGGCAGCAGUGGCGACUGCAGCCGAAGGGACCCCAGGCCGGGGUCCCCCCGGGGAGGUGAUUCAUCUGAACGUGGGAGGCAAGAGAUUCAGUACCUCCCGUCAGACUCUUACGUGGAUUCCAGACUCCUUCUUCUCCAGCCUUCUGAGCGGACGCAUCUCCACGUUAAAAGACGAAACUGGAGCGAUCUUCAUCGACAGGGACCCCACCGUGUUCGCCCCCAUCCUCAACUUCCUCCGCACCAAAGAGUUGGACCCCAGGGGUGUUCAUGGUUCCAGUCUCCUCCAUGAAGCUCAGUUCUAUGGGCUCACUCCGCUGGUGCGGCGCCUGCAACUUCGAGAGGAGCUGGACCGAUCCUCUUGUGGAAAUGUCCUGUUCACCGGUUACCUGCCUCCUCCAGUGUUCCCAGUGAAGCGAAGAAACCGGCAUAGCAUGGUGGGGCCCCAGCAGGCAGGGGGUCGCCCAGCCCCUGUUCGACGGAGCAACACAAUGCCCCCCAACUUGGGCAACGCCGGACUGCUGGGCCGCAUGCUGGAGGAGAAAGCUCCUCCACCCUCAGGGCUACCCGAAGAGCCGGGCAUGGUGCGGCUGGUGUGUGGGCACCACAACUGGAUCGCCGUGGCCUAUACUCAGUUUCUUGUCUGCUACAGGCUGAAGGAAGCCUCUGGCUGGCAGCUGGUGUUUUCCAGCCCCCGCCUGGACUGGCCUAUCGAGAGACUGGCCCUCACGUCCCGAGUGCCCGGCGGGGCUCUGGGCGAGCAUGACAAGAUGGUGGCAGUGGCCACGGGCAAUGAGAUCCUGCUGUGGGCGCUGCAGGCCGAAGGCGGGGGCUCCGAAAUAGGAGUCUUCCACCUGGGGGUGCCGGUGGAGGCCUUGUUCUUUGUGGGCAACCAACUCAUUGCCACCAGCCACACGGGGCGCGUCGGGGUGUGGAACGCCGUCACCAAGCACUGGCAGGUCCAAGAAGUGCAGCCCAUCACCAGCUACGAUGCAGCAGGUUCUUUCCUCCUCCUGGGUUGUAACAACGGCUCCAUCUACUACGUGGAUGUGCAGAAGUUCCCCCUCCGCAUGAAGGACAAUGACCUCCUGGUCAGCGAGCUCUACCGGGACCCGGCGGAAGACGGGGUCACCGCCCUCAGUGUCUACCUCACACCCAAGACCAGUGACAGUGGGAACUGGAUUGAGAUUGCCUACGGCACGUGCUCGGGCGGCGUGCGGGUCAUCGUGCAGCACCCGGAGACGGUGGGCUCGGGCCCACAGCUCUUCCAGACCUUCACGGUGCACCGCAGCCCCGUCACCAAGAUCAUGCUCUCCGAGAAGCACCUCAUCUCAGUCUGUGCCGACAAUAACCACGUGCGGACGUGGUCGGUGACACGUUUCCGGGGCAUGAUCUCCACGCAGCCUGGCUCCACCCCGCUAGCAUCCUUCAAGAUCCUGGCGCUGGAGGCUGCGGAUGGACACGGGGGCUGCAGCGCAGGCAACGACAUUGGUCCCUAUGGGGAGCGGGACGAGCAGCAGGUGUUCAUUCAGAAGGUGGUGCCCAGCGCCAGCCAGCUGUUUGUACGCCUCUCGUCGACGGGGCAGCGGGUGUGCUCUGUGCGGUCUGUGGACGGCUCCCCCACCACCGCCUUCACGGUGCUCGAGUGCGAGGCCUCCCGGCGCCUCGGCUCCAGGCCCCGGCGCUACCUGCUCGCCGUCCUUUGUCCCACCCGGACCCCUGAUUCUUGUGCUGCGACCUCUGUCUUGUCCCCAGCCGGUGGCCUGACGGAGGAGGAGCUGAUGGAGCAGCUGGAGCAGUGUGAGCUGGCCCCCCUGGGCUUCUCCCGGGGCAUACCCCCCAGCCCCUCACCCCGCACGUCUCUCACCAGUCUCCACACAGCCUCCAGCAUCGCCUCCCUGUCCGGGCGUCGUGGGAGCCCGAGCCCCACCCAGGCUGAAACCCGGCGCCGAGGGGGAGGCAGCUUUGUGGAGCGGUGCCACCAACUAGUGCAGAGUGGGCCCGAGCCCCGGCGGCCACCAACGCCCGCCCCUCGCCCAUCCACCAGUCUCGGGGUGCCUCCCACCCACCCCAAGGCAAAGCUCAAUGAGACGUCUUUCUGAACCCAGCCGCCACGCUGCCUUUGCAGGUCCUGGUCCUGGUGAACGCACCUCCCUGCUUCCGGUCAGCGCCCUGGGUUCAGGGCCAGGGCCUCCUGGAGUCACUGUUACGAAGCCUUUACAGCUCCUCUUUUCUAGAAGCCAAAGUCUCCCUCCCCCCAAUAAAGUCCUUACUGCCAA